AUGAAUCAUCUGGCAUGCUACGGAAGACAGCUCUGGCACAUCUGUGACUACCGGCUGCUAAUCUAUGCACUGCCGGUAUUCGUCAGAGAUUCUAUAGAGCAGACGGUAGAUAAACAGUUCUCGGACUACCUGGCUAACUUGCAAAAUGGCGGCUGGCCACUGACGAUGCCUAAUUGGAACCGGUCUACGUUCGACUUGACGAUGCUGAUAGCGCAGCUGAGACGGGAUGGCUUCAACUCACAGCUCGUAAACCUCGCUGUAGAUGUCGAUGCUGGCAACUCGUCACGCUACAUUCUAAACUUAGAUCAGCCGGACCUGUGCCUGGGCAGCAAAACAUAUUACGAGAAUAAUUCAAUGUAUAGAAAGUACAUGGAUGCUUACUUCCAAUUCAUGAUAGCAUCAGCCAUACAACUGAAAGCGGAAGAAGUAAACAGGGACUACACUUCAGAGUUGGAACAGAUUCGAAACUUUGAAACGUCGAUCGCCGAGAUUGUUGCGCAUCCAAACCUGAGACGUAACUAUUCCGUUAUGUACAAUCCUCGAACGCUACGCAACCUAACGGAAACGCAUAAGUCGAUAAAUUGGCUAAGAUUGGUGCAAUUGUCGAUGCCAGAGGGCGUGGAAGUCGACGAAAAUGAGAUUAUUAUCGUACGGCAGCCCGAUUACUUUGCGAGCCUAGAACAGCUUCUCACGUCGGGCCAAUACGACGAACGAGUGGUCGCAAACUAUUUGAUCUGGCGAGUAAUUGCAGAUACGGCUUGGCCUCACUUGAGCUCAAAUUUCCGAGAAGCAGCUUUUCAAUUCGAAAAGGUAAUCCGAGGCGUCGAGAAGCCGAAACCACGCUGGACGGCCUGCAUCGAGGAAAUACAGGAGAAGAUGAUGUCGGCCGUCGGAUAUCUCUACGUCGACAAGUUCUUCACGGAGGAGAGUAAAGAACUCGCAGUAAAACUCAUAGGUCAUCUGCGAGAGUCCUUUAAAGAUCUAGUUCUCAAACUGAAAUGGAUGACGGACGCGACUAAGCAAGUUGCUAUUGAGAAGGCGGAUGCUGUGAAGGAGUUCGUUGGCUACCCAGAUUACAUCAAGAACGUAGUUCUACUCGAAGAGGAAUACGAAGGAUUUGAAGCGACUGCUAAUCACUUCGACAACUUCAUGAGAUGGCAGCGAUUCAUCACGAGAGGCACAUUUCAGCAGCUGCGAAAACCAGUCGAUAAGGACAAGUAG